AUGAACAAAUAUACAAUCAUUACAUUGGUUAUAGUGACCUUGAUGAUUGGCAAUGCUCAAUCAAGAGAUCAUCAAUACAUAACAGUGAACUCCUCAUACCCAUGCCCAUUCACUAGAGAGUUGUCAUACGUACCAUCACAACCAAUGACUGGACAAGAUGUCUAUAUCCUUCAAUCAUUGCUUGAGAGGACUGUUCCAAACAUCCCACUCUCUGCUACAUUUGAUGAGCUCACUGAGGCUGCUCUCAAGAAGUUCCAAUCUGUAGCCAAAAUUUCAUCAACUGGUGUGAUGGAUAUUAAUACCGCCACAGUAUUGUUGGAUAAGAAUUUGGAUGAUGGAUAUAAGGACAAUGGUGAGAUCCCACCUGGAUUCCUUUACAAGGUCCAUGUUCCAGUUUACCGCAAUCGUUCAAUUGAGACAAAUGCCACUCUCUUUGAUUCUAACUUGAAGCCAUUGUUAACCUUUACCGUCAAGACACUUGGACAGAGUGACUCGAAUGGAAAUCCAUACAAUGAGUUGUGCCCAGAUGGAGCAACACCAACUGGAUUGUAUACAUUCGAUUUGAACUCACCGGAGGAUGACCCAGCAGACUUUGGACCAUACCCAGUGAAUAGAGCGGUGGAGGGAUUGGCCGGCAAUGCCUACAUCGUCAUCAGUAACAUUAGAGACGGUAUACUAUUGCAUACUGGCGAGUGGGCUGGUUGGACACCAUCGCAGCCCAUGCCACCAUCACACGGAUGCAUUCAUUCCUAUCCAACCUACAUCGAUGACAUCUGGCAGAUCCUGACCAAUGACCUUGGUGUGUACAUUCGCAACAACACCUUUGGACAACUUCCAUAUCCAUACCAUCCACAAGGUAUCCUAUCUGUUGAGCUUAUUGAU